AUGUUAUCAGAAGAGUCUUUAAAAGAAUUAUAUUUAAUAUGGAAAAAAGGAGGGUAUAUAGGAUUAGUAUUUGAUAAAAUAAUGCAUUUAUUUGAAGUAAUUAUAUUAAUGACGGUAUGUAUUAUUCUUACAAUAUUAGACUUUAAUAAAAUGUUUAAUACAAAAUCAAAAGAAAAUGAAUUAUUUGAUUAUUUUAUUUUAAAUGAUGGUUUUAGAAUUUGGUGUAUUUGGUGUAUUGUUAUAUUCUUCUCUCCUUUUAUUAUUAUUCAAAUAUAUUUCACUGUUAAAAAAUUACUUUCUUCUAAUACUAUUGAAGCAAAAGAAUUUUAUAAUAUAAAUCAUUUUCAAGACUUUAAUAGAAAUUGGAAUGGAAUAUCAAAAAUAAUAGCACCAUCUUCAUCAUUAAAUAGAAAAACAUUUGUUCGAAUGUAUAAUAAUAAAAUUGAUCCACAUUCUAAUUUAAUUAUUCGUUCAUCAAUUUCAUGGAAUUAUAAUUUAUUAACAUUGUUAUUUAAUAGAUAUUCUUUCUUUAAACAUUAUCCAUCAAAAUAUCUCAUUAAAAUUACUCAAUCAAUUUUAUUUCCUUCUUUCUUUGAUGAAACUUUUUGUAGAAAUGUUCAACAUGAUAGUAAUUUACAAAAAAUAUGGAAAAAUUAG